CAGAGCUCUCUCAGAACGCUAUCGCGCGUUGUCUGGAGCAGCUGUGUAUCCUGUUUCGCAUAGCGUGGGCUUAACUUCGACCGCAACUCUCACGGUGGUAGCCUCAACUUACAGCAUGCCAAAGUACGAGUACAUGAGUGGAUUUUCGGACGCAAUAGAUUGGCGUCCUGUUGAAUUUGUUGACCUCCCUUCGGUCCGGUCGUGUUCUUUAUGUCACGUGGUUCCUACAGAGACGUUCUUCCUGGAAUGUUCCCACGCUUUGUGCAGCCACUGUUACAAGGCACUCCUGCAAGGCAACCGAGCCUGUCCCUUGGAUGGCGGUACGGUUGAAGAAGAUGAAGUGCAAACACUUACCUUCAAACCAAGCCACCUCAAGAAACAGAAGAUGCACUGUUGCAACUCUAGUCACGGAUGCGACUUUGUUGGGAUUCUAGACGAAGUGAAGACCCAUUUCUUGAAGAAUUGUGCUUUCCACGUUGCAACAUGUAACAGGUGCCAUGCUACCAUCUUACGCGAUGACAUCAUACAUCAUUACACUGAGCAGCAAUGUCAGGCUGCGAGUUCCACGGGCAACGACAGCCAAGUCAGCACCAACGGAAAUAUUUUCGACAUUGAGAGGAAGAUGGACGUUGCAUUGGAUACUGUCAUGGAGAGAUUGUGUACGAUUGAAACACAGCUCAACGUUCACGUUGUUAACAUCGACGGUGCAAAGCAAGGCAUAUCCGCGAAUGGACAAGCAUUAAGUAGACUUCUUGACCAACAGGAGCAAAUAUCAGGUGACAUGAUACAUCAGCUGGAGGAACUCACGAAGUGUGUAGACACCGGGAAACGCGUGUUGUCAGAGAUCAUUUCAGCGGGUGCAGUAACCUCAGCAGAGGUUAUUAGUCAUACGUCGACCGUAGGGGAAAACGGCGAUGAGGCUGACAUCGACGAAGAAGGUAGAUGUCGUUCUAGAGCUCUGCGGGGCUCACCUGAUCAAAGUGCAUCCGAGGUUAAAGACGCUGCGAAUGAUGUUAAGGGGACCAUGAAAGUUGUGCUUGAAAGUUGCAAGAAGCUUCGCUCUGCUGAAGAAAUGUUACGUGAGCUGCAAUCAGUUACGCGUUUGGUGAACAAUGUUGCCUAUUAUCACAUUGAGCGCUUUGCCGAUAUUGAAAAGGAAUCGUUGGCUGAGAAGCAAGUAACGCGGACCUCUGAUGUGUUCCACUUGUUUGGCUACUCUGCUAAACUGCGAGUAGAUAUCAGGACUUAUGACGGGGUAUUAUACAUCGGUGCUUUUCUGUGUAUUUGUCAAAGCUCGAAGGACUCGUGCUUGAAAUGGCCCUUUACACUGCCUUAUGCCGUAAUGUUGGUCCACCCAACUGAUGACACAAAGAGUAUUGAGUAUGACGUUGACGUCCUAAAAAGUGUAGAUAAGUACGGCGAUUGCUUCAUUAAGCCAGUAGGAGCUGCCAACGUGGGUUUUGGCGCACGUCAACUUUGCAAACUGCAAGAUGCAGUGAACAACGGCUUUGUUCAUAAUGACUCAAUCACUCUUGGUGUAAGAAUUCUCCAACAGGUUUAUUAGUUGGGACUUCCUUGUUUCCACGAAUGUUCCGCCGCGACAUAUUCUGCCGUCGUUACAGUGCUUACUAUAACAAUUUUCGCUGUAAAUUGAUAUGUUCAUAUAUUCCGAAUAACAUGGUUGCUGUUAAAGCUGGUUCAUUACUUUAUAGAAUCUUGGGAGACCUCGGAAAGCACUCCGAUUGGUCGAAUUCAUCAAGGGGAAGCGCACAACAAUACUUGAGAGGUUCACCUUGUUCGCACUUCACGCACAUCUUAAAGAUAUUUUAUUUAUUUAUUUAUUAUUUUUAUUAUUUAUUGUUUUAUUUAUUUUAUGAUUUCUUUAUUUUUUUUAUUAUUUAGGCGGGGGAGAUAGCUUGCCGUUGCUGGCCGUUGUUUUGUUAUAAUUGUUCGCCGUACAAGGCUGCAAAGCGGCGAAUAUCUGCAUGAGCGAGAUGUAUUUACGUCGUGCAUCGUCAC